CUCGUGUUGUUUGUCCCUCCUCUUUCUUCUUCCUUAACCACACCCCCUUUUUUCUGUACUGGGAGAGCCGCUCAGAUAGUUGGCCGUGACUGCAGCAGAGUGUGAGAGGCCCAGACAGCCAGCAAGAGGGGAACUGAGAUCAGUUACAGCAGGAGAAGGGAAGCAGGCAGGCGAGAAAGUGAUCUGGGAGCAGAGAGGGUGGAAGCAGUUUGCUUUGUAGAACAGUAAGAAAGUGAAGGAAAAAAACAGAAAGAGGGGAUUUUGUCCAUGUAGAGGACUUUGGGGGAGACAGGACAGCCGGCCAGGGGGGGCAGUGGCAGGGGCAAAGACAGACAGAUAGACAGACAGACAGACAGGGAACACCUGGACCAAGCAAGGCAUUGCGUUACUUUGAGAUUUCCUCAAUAGCACAGGAUUGCAGUGAGUUGGAGAGAAACAUGUUUGACUGCAUGGAGGCUCUGGGGCUGGCCCCUCGGCCCCUCUUCGAUGUGUCAAGGCAAGGCUCCUGCAUGCUCGGCAAGGCCACCCCUUACUUCUCCGGGCUGGACCCUUUUGCCUGGGCCGGGACAAGCAGCGUUCAGUCCGUGGAGACCCAGAGCACCAGUUCGGAGGAGAUGGUGCCAAGCUCCCCUUCGCCGCCUCCUCCGCCUCGGGUUUAUAAGCCAUGCUUUGUGUGCCAGGACAAGUCAUCUGGUUAUCACUAUGGAGUGAGCUCCUGUGAGGGCUGCAAGGGUUUUUUCAGGCGCAGCAUCCAAAAGAAUAUGGUGUAUACAUGCCACAGAGACAAGAACUGUCAGAUCAACAAAGUGACCCGUAACCGCUGCCAGUACUGUCGGCUGCAGAAGUGCUUUGAGGUCGGCAUGUCCAAAGAAGCGGUGCGUAAUGACAGGAACAAGAAGAAGAAGGAUGUAAAGGAGGAGGUGGUGCUGCCAGAGAACUACGAACUAAGCGGGGAACUGGAGGAGCUGGUUAACAAAGUCAGCAAAGCACACCAAGAGACCUUCCCGUCUCUGUGCCAACUAGGAAAGUACACCACAAAUUCAAGUGCUGACCACAGAGUGCAGCUGGACUUGGGCCUCUGGGAUAAGUUCAGUGAGCUCUCCACUAAGUGUAUUAUAAAGAUUGUGGAGUUUGCCAAGCGGCUACCAGGCUUCACUUCGCUCACCAUCGCUGACCAGAUCACCCUCCUCAAAUCUGCAUGUCUGGACAUCCUGAUGCUGAGGAUAUGCACUCGCUACACACCAGAACAGGACACAAUGACCUUCUCAGAUGGCCUGACUCUCAACAGGACUCAGAUGCAUAACGCUGGCUUUGGCCCACUCACAGACCUGGUGUUUGCUUUCGCUGGUCAGCUGCUGCCUUUGGAGAUGGACGACACAGAGACGGGGCUGCUCAGUGCCAUCUGUCUCAUCUGCGGAGAUCGUAUGGACUUGGAGGAGCCAGAGAAGGUGGACAAGCUGCAGGAACCGCUGCUAGAGGCUCUAAAGAUCUACACCCGACGCAGACGCCCGAACAAGCCUCACAUGUUUCCCCGAAUGCUGAUGAAAGUCACAGACCUCAGGGGAAUCAGCACCAAGGGUGCAGAAAGAGCCAUCACACUAAAAACAGAGAUCCCCGGCCCCAUGCCUCCCCUGAUCAGGGAGAUGCUGGAGAACCCGGACUCCUUCGAGGACAGCAGCGACUCGGGCGACAGCGGUGCAGCUGCUCCCCCUGCCAUUCAAGCCAUCAAGCAAGAAGACAAGUCCACGUAUGAGUCAGCCUUUGAGGAAGAAGAGGAGGAGGAAGAGGAUGACUAUUGGGACGAGGAGAAAGAGCGAGGGGCAGACAGUGAUGGAGAGCUGUGGGGAGAUGCGGCAGCGGGCGCGCAAAAGAAAAGUGUGACAGGGAAGAAGCAGUGAGAGACACAAGGCGACAACGCUUCCUCGCACAGAUCGCCGAGCGCCGCUGAGCAACACCACCUCCCGGGAAACCUCACAGAUUAAGGCUCUUAAACGGUGUUUCGUACAGCACAUAUCUGGAUAUACUGUACACACUGACUGAAAGGAAAAUGUGUUAAAUUCAGCAUAGGAAGUGAGAAAUUGGAGACGCAAAAGCACUACAUUUCAGUGGAUUGAUGAGGGCACCAUUAAAAAAAAAAUCACCGUGCCAGACUGUUUAAAAGAUAUAAAAAAAAAAAGCUUUUUGUCCGCACAAAGACAGGAAAAAAGAAUUGUUGAAAGAAGAAAAUGCACUCCUCUGCUAUCUAUUAAGGGCUAUGCUUUGUAUAAAAUUGAUGGUAAGAAUACAUUGCAGCAACAGAACUCUAUGUGGUGUCCAAAUACCACCAAUGUCUUCUCAGAAUUACUUUUAUUACUAUUCAGAGAUUAUGCUCCUUAUUUUUUCAUUAUAUGAUUUUUUAUAAGCAUGUACACAUUUGUGUUUUGUCUUCGUGUUCAUUUGUGGGACCUUGUGUUGCUUUUUUUUCUGCAUUCAGUCCUGCUCACAUUUGACUGGACAUUUACGUGUGUGUGUGUGUGUUUUUAAUUGUAUGCAUUUCUUUUAUUGGACACAGUGAAGCAAUAGCAGAAAAAAAAGGAAAAAGCGCAAUAGCAAAGAGACGGAGUCAUGAGCAGGACUCAAACUCACAGUGUGACAAAUGUGGUAUGGCAGUUAAAAUUCAUGCAAAUCCCUGAUUGGUAAUAAGCUAAUCUGAAAGAAAAGAAAGAGGAAUUCAGCUUUAAUUUUAACUGUGGUGCUUGUGGGCCAAAUAAUAAUUUUCUUUAAAAAUGUAAAAGACAUGCAGCAAACAUAUCUCCACCUCCACCUGAGGCUGAGUUUGUCAGGGCCAUGCUUCACCAAUCUAUAAAGUAUUUUCUGCCAACAUAACUCACCAACCAUCAGAAGUUCUUUCACUAAAGAGUAGGGAUCAUUCAAAUCUGAAAUUUUCACUGUGCACUUGUUCUAGCAACCAGGUUCAGGUAAGCUAUAUCAGUUUCUUUCUUUCUUUAAACAAAGUGAGCAAAAACUCAUCCAGGCAAGCACUUCUAUAAAAAGCCAUUUACUUCACAGAAACCUCAGGCGUGUUUGUGUGCGUGCGUGCAAGUGAGAGCGUGUACCAGUAAACAGGGUGAUGUAAUCGAUACGUUACAGCACUGCCAUCAUCCACAGUGAGUGUUUAUCAAGAAGUCCAAUUACCAGCAUCUGUAAAUGUAUAUAACAAACAACAACAUGCACACAAAAAUAGAGAUUUUUUUUUUUUUAAGGAAGGAGAUCUCCCUCAACCAAACACUUGUUUUGGAGAGUAGCUCAUCAGCUGCAACCGUCCAGCAGGACAGUGACUGAGCUGCCUGCCGAGGAGCAGGGUUCACGUGCGCUGCAUUCAAUGAGUCGUGCAAAACUUGGAAUUUGUAAAAUAAAAAUUUCCUUGCGAUGAAAUAGCUUUUUUUUUUUUUAAAUAAAUGGAAGGUGUGUGUGCAGCUGCGACACGCCGUCAGUGCAGUGUGCUGAUGAAGCUGAAAAAAAAAAAAGAUGACGUGACCACUGCGGUGACGCAGUGACCGGUAUUUACAAGUUAAAGCUGUCUUCAGCACGAUGUUGAAGCCAUCGAGGACAGAAGUUGUGAGUUUGCUUUUUUCACUUUGUGAUUUUGCUGUCGUAUUGUAAACACAUCAGGACCAUAUCACCGAGGGAAAAGACAAAACAUAUCUUGCACUUAACCAGCCAAACAUUGUUCAGUAUUUAAAAGUAUUUUCUAUGUUGUAUAACCGUGAUCGUUUGGAAUGUGUUUUUACUUCUUUUAUCUGUUUUAAAGCCUUUGACUUAUUCCAGGAUUUGAGCUGGUGCAGCCGUGAGGUCAGCUUUACACAUGAGUAUGCCAUUUAAAAAGAAAAGGAUCAAAGAUAGAUUACAUUUGGACAAACACAAACCACUGAUAAUCCAUAACAUUUUUUUUAAGGUUCUUAUCUCUCUGUUGGUUUUUACCUGGCGUCUUACUUUUUGUAAGCACAAUCUCUGCCGUGUUCAAAUGUCUUCAUGUUCAGGGAUUCGGGUUCCUCAUGAGUUCUGUUUCAACUUGUACCAAAAUGGCUCUGAUGGCUCUGACACCCAUGCACUCACACACACAGAAAUACAAAAACUACAAAACUUUUACAUUUUUUUAUGCAAAGUCAGUACUAUUUUUGCUGUUUGGGGGGGGCUUAUGAGUUAUUUGUUGUUUCUUGUAUUUUGAUAAAUGCUCUUUUUGUUCUCAGA